CAUCGAAUGAAUUCUGUUGCGUCAUGACGAUUGAAGAUGGGGAACCAACCAAUUGCAUGGUCAUUUUAAGUGAACAAGCAGGCAAGCAGGCAGGCAGGCAGGAGGGAAGUCCACGACAAAGACACGCUGGGUCCCUUGGCAUAUCUCAGCAACCAACCAACCAACCAACACGGCCACACAAGAGGCAAUCAACCGGUCCGCGUGAUACCAAACUACACAGCAUCAUGAGGUUGUGUUCCCUCAUUUGCCAAAACGACAUUGACUGAUAAAGAAAAACACCAUACCAUCACACACUGGACGACAUACAAUACAUCCGUUCACUAAUUCCACGUAAACGGCCGCGCCCGGCUAGCACUCAGUCCGAACGCCUGUGAUACAGAGCAUCGGGAUUUUGACUAUUCCACAGAGAAUUGUCCGCUGUGGCCUACUCGGAUGGGUCGGGGCUUUCCUCAGCUCCUUCUUGUGCAGAAGACGCAUUGCUGAACUCGUUGUACCAGGGAGCCUAAAGACGACACAAACAUUGUUGGCUAAGGUGCCUGUUGUUGGCCAGUUGGUACGCCUACAUCAAGGGAUGCAAGGGUUGAGCCACCGUCCUCAUCCCCUGCUGCCGAGUCCUCGACAUCCAGAGCGAAGAGCGAGUCGAGCGUCGGGGCACUGACGUGGAAUUCGUCAGAAGCUUCCUUUUUUGGCGCUUUGACGAAAUAGGCACUCGGUGAGAAGGGGGAGGAUGAUGUUGUCAACCGUCUAUGAUAGUUCGAGUAGCCUGUCACGCCUCUGUAACGUGCGGGCGCAUCGUUGGCUGACGAGCCACCGAGAUGACUGUCGUCACCACGCACGUUCCAGGCGUCGCUCUCGAGCCCGUUUCGUGGCGAAUCAUGGCCUGAUGGACCGCCAAACAAGUGUGAAAAUGCAAUUGCAUAAGAACUUGCAGUACUGGUACCGUCAGACGGAACGAUGGGAAUGGGUGUGUGUCUGCAAAAAUGAAACUCCCUUCACGCAUGUUGUUCAGCAAGUUUUCGCCAGCGUGAUCCUACGUGGCUGGGCUCAGUAGGUCUGGGUUGAGAUGCAGAGGAGCAAUACAUUCAUCAACACCUCGAAGCCUCCAGUGCAUUGCUAGCCACUCCGAAAAAGCAAUGACGUUACUGGGAUAAAACCCUGCAACACGGAUCGAAAGAGGCAGAAGACAAAACCUAAACUCACUCCAGAUACGGCAUUGAGUGAGAUGUACUUAUGUCGUGGUCUGCCCUGGAUUUCGAGAGGACAAUACAGCUGAACUCGCCGUCUUCCGGGUCCCCUGACGAAGCUGUUCGAGGUGUCGUUGCUGGCGAAUCAGGCUGUGCGAUUUCUCUUGAUGACGAACUUCUUCUUGCGUUCGGAUCAUUGGCGUUGCGCUUGUGGAUUUCGCGCAGCGAGAUGCCCUGUGUGUACACGUAAAAACGGUGAGCUCAAUGUAUGAUCAGGGUUGGGACUGCCAAGUCACCAUCUUAGCUGGGCACUUGGAAUCCUUCCGACACACGAUGACGAAAAGAGGUAUUUGGGCCGACCCGACCUGAGAGCAAGAGCGACGAGGAACGUUACCUCGAAUAUGGUGGUGUGCUGGAUCGGCCUGACUACAGGAACCAAUGAAAUCUUCUGCACCUUUUGCAUUCUGUCAAGAUUGUUGAACACAUGGUUGCUCUGCUUGAUGAGGUUUCUGUUCAGCUUGCACAGUUCUCCGUGAAUAUGCAGUGGCGCCAGCUGACGAAAGUAAACGUAAGUAACACGAGGAUGCGGCCAAUGGAAGACGCGAGCUCUCUUACCUGUUCGAUGUUCGUGAAGGGGCACAGUAGCAGCAGCGCUCGGACGGAUGUGAAGAGAGUGCCAAGGUAAACCGCAGGGCCUGUGCAAGGCAGGCAGAUGCACGGAGCACCGACCGUUUCGUCAUGCACGUCGUGUCCGUUUUCCAUCGUACCGCUCCCGAGCGAACGACCAACGAUGAUGAUACGCUCCUCGGGGCACCCCGCUUGUUUGAGGUAGGCCAUCGAGUCCACUGCUAUCUCUUCCACGGCUUGCACGGACAGACGAAUGCCACGUCCGCGAUAAUUGCCGUAGCCUGGGUACUCGGGGCAAAGCACAUUGGCGUCAAGGAAGUACGACAAUGUCUUGCAGCACUCGAGCAUGUUGGAGAGAUUCUCCCCGUUCGCGUGGAAAAGCAGGCACGUGUACUUGGCACACGGCCGCGGGACCCAAAGAGCAGGAAACACUGACGGCUCACCUUCCUUGAUACCUCCUUUGAUGACCUACACGCGAUACCAGAAGGGAAACACAACGACACACCACCAUCCGCACCGUGUAGUAUUAUCCUUACCCCGUUGUUGUAGGUAUAAGUAAAGGUGUACGUCGUCCGUGGAAUGUUGAUGAGACGCCCGUGCGGGAGGAACAUCUCCUCGCGGUAACUGCAGCCACACGCAAGCAAGACAGCGGCAGUGAAUCAGGCUGAGUACACUGGUAGAGUGUUGUGGCAGCCCGAGUACGUCUGAACAAACGCGCUUUCCCAUGGCGGCAGUGGAAAUCUGUGACGGAAGAAGAAGAGCAACGGGUGAGUGUUUUGAACACGGCACUGUCUCCUCACAGAAGGCGUUGAGCCAAUGACAUCUCGCCAGCAAAAUGGCGGCCGUUCGACGCACCCUUUCCGCUCGCAAGGUCAGAGCAAAGCAUUGAGUGUGCCCGUUGGCUGACAGUGCCGCCUUGGAAGCAUCCUU